CAACAUGCAAACAUCGAUGAUGCAAGUUAAGGGUCAAGGGAAGGGGGGGUACGUAUACUUGUCUGAUGUGGGAAUCAUCUCGCUUCCUUCCCACUAUACUUUCCCACCUUCUAUCUCUUCACAAGUCUCAUCUUCCUCUUCUCUCUUUGAUCCACUCCUCUUCAACUGUUUCAUGCCCAACUGGGAUCUAUUUAGAUAUAUCCUCAACACACAUUGCCUCUCAAAUUCUCUUGGUUAUCCGGCUAUUCUCGGCCAUAUCGACACAGUGACCAUUGGUCCCGAUCGUCCCUAUCCUCUUGCCCGAUCUCCGGCUUGAAGAGUCAUAGACCAGACUAAAGGCAUACCUCAUUGAUAUAUUCUUCAUAAUCAUUCAUACUUCUCUACUUCGUCUUCCCUCCCGUUACUCUCACCGCACAAACACAUUCCCAAUCACACCGACUACACUACACUGGGAGACACGAUUCAACAUGACCCUCAACCGGAAUGCAGCUUCCAAAGUCCAUCAUCUUCCCGAACUCCGUCGACAUAUCCUACGUUUUCUAUCACCCUCUCAGCUGCUCAAAAUACUUCCUGUCAAUAGACUCAUCUUCCAAUCAGCGGCGGAAUUAAUCUACGCUCGAACGCCUUAUGAGAUAGCUUUGACCCUGAGAAACAACGAGGUGAGUCGCUCCUGAAGUAUAAUUGAUUCGUUCAUUCCGGUCGUCGGAUUCCUCUUUCCGUUCGUGCGGGUCUUAUGUACUUGAACCCCGAGUUAAAAUUAAGGGUCGAAUGUCAGGGUGACAGCGGAGGUCGUUUCAACCGACUGGAAGUGGAAGAAUGAGGACGAAAUAAGCUUAGGACAGGAGGAAGAAUGUGGGUCGGAGGUAAAAGUGUCGAUAGAGAGUGGGUUUAGCCAAUCGGGAAAAAAAUAGAGAGAAGGAAUGACGAGGAGAAGACAUAGUUGACACCCAGUCCGAUCGAGCCACUUUCUAUAGAUCCUGUAUCUCGACCAUCGACGCUUCUGAUUCUCGUUCCCGACCAAUGGGUUACUACGAGACUCUUUCGCUCUUCUCCCCUUCAGGCAUCGCCCAUAUUCAAGCCGAUUUCCCAAACAUUCAAUGGAUUGUACGGGACGUUCGAC